AUGACCUCACAAGUCACUUCAUCCAGCACCUGCCCCUUGGGCCCUGGCUGCAAGUUCAUGUCCCCUGUCCUCCAGGACUGUGGGGUGACCUUCGUGGAGGAUGAGAUCAACGCCCUCAUAAAAGCAGCUGGUGUAAACAUGGGACUUUUGGGGCCUGGCUUCUUUGCAAAGUCCUUGGCCAGUGCCUACAUGGAGUUCCUAAUAUGCAACACAAAGGCUGGUGGCCCUGCUCCUGCAGCUGGUGCUGCACCCGAAGGAGGCUCCCCCUCUCACUGUUCCCCCAAGAGAAAAAAGCAGAGGCCAGGCAGGAAGAAUCCCAGGACACUGGUGAUGACAUGCUUUGGUCUUUUUGAUUAA